AUGAAUGCUUCCAUGAUGGCCAACGACGGCGAGCCUGAUGCCGAAAAGGCCUUCUUUGUGGCCGAUCUUAGCCAGGUAUAUAGACAGCACCAACGCUGGGUAUCCUGUUUACCGGAGAUAACUCCUUACUACGCUGUAAAAUGCAAUCCAGAUCCGUAUGUUUUACGUCUUCUCGCCGCCUUGGGCACCGGUUUUGACUGUGCUUCCAAUGGGGAAAUUUCCCGAGUUCUCAGCGUCGGCGGUGUUGACCCUAGCCGUAUCAUCUUCGCUAAUCCUUGUAAAGCGAAUUCAUUCAUACGCAAUGCUUGCAAGUUGGGUGUCGACACUAUGACCUUUGAUAACAUGGACGAACUUUACAAAGUUGCUCGCACCCACCCCCGAGCCAAACUAGUCGUCCGUAUCCUUACAGACGACACGAAAAGUUUAUGCCAAUUGGGUCUCAAAUAUGGCGCUCCGCUUGUUACAGUUCCUGCUCUGCUUACCAAAGCCAAGGAACUCAACCUUGAUGUCGUAGGCGUCAGCUUCCACGUCGGCAGUGGAUGUUACGAUCCGACUGUAUAUUCGGAUGCUAUCGCUAGGGCCCGAUAUACCUUCGACAUGGCGAAAGAAGCCGGGUUUUCGUUCACCCUCCUCGAUGUAGGUGGGGGUUUUGAAGAUGCAUCAUUUGAACAGGCUGCGUCAGUCCUGAAGGAUGCUAUUGAAGAGCAUUUCCCCGAUCGAAGAAACAUCAGAGUUAUUGCAGAGCCUGGGAGGUUCUACGUGUCCAAAGCCUUUAGCCUAGCCGCGAACAUCAUCGCGCGUAGAGCUCCCUUUUCCGAUUCCGCCGAGAUGACAACUGGAAACGACCAGCCCUCUGUGAUGUACUAUAUUAACGACGGCGUGUACGGAGCUUUCAACUGCAUUCUCUUUGAUCAUCAAGUCGUUCAUCCCUACGUCUUAUCGAUGAAUGGUUCAUUCCAUGUCCCUUCUUCGGAGCCGGUAUGCACUAGCAGCGUGUGGGGUCCAACCUGUGACUCCAUUGACUGCGUUUGUCCGAAGACUGAGCUCCCCACAGGGCUUCGGGUCGGGGAUUGGCUAGCGUUUGACAACAUGGGAGCGUACACUGUCUGCGCGGCUAGCCAGUUCAACGGAUUUGAAGUAAGCAAUGUGGUCUAUACCCUAGGCAGUGGAGUUGUUGCCGCUGAAGUGCGAAGCAAGCUAGUAGCUUUUGCCGUAGAAGCUUGUGGACGCUGA